AUGAUAUUAGUUGAAGCUAUUCAGAUAUUUUCUAUUUUGAUUCACGGAAUAACAUUUUAUCGUAUGUAUUUAACAAAUACAGUUGAAGACAACACUUCAACAACACAUAGUAAUCCAAGUGUUCUUUCCGGUGUUGCAAUAUCUGUCAAUCCACCUGUUGAUCCUAUUAUUGAUAUAUCUGUUAAUUCACCUGUUGAUCCAAUAGUUCAUAUACAUGCUGAUCCAGUUGUUGAAUCCAUUUGUUGA